AUGGCCUCUACUCCAUGCUUCAUCGUCACCUGCAACCGGAGUAACCGCGUCAGCAUUACGAGCAGCAGCAGCAGUAGCAUCCUCUCAACCAGCACGGGGACCCGCGCCAACGCGAUUUCGUCAACGGCUCGGCUCGUCAUGGGCGGUGCUCGCGCUUCUCCUGCUCCUUGCCGCGGCGCCGCACAGAAAGAAGGACAAAAGAAGAGCACCCAAAAGAUCAUCAGCGGGCCUGAUGACGUGGCAGUGCCGUCGCUCUGUUUCAACGACAUCCAAGUCGCGACGGACGGGUUCAGUGACGACGCCAUCGUCGGCGGCGCGGGCCACACGACCGUGUAUCGCGGGGAGGGGCCGAACGGCGAGCCGUGGGCGGUGAAGCGCGCCAAGCGCGUGACAGUAUCGGGGUCGCACCUGUUCCGCAACGAGGUGGAUUUCCUGUCGCAGAUCAAGCACCCCAACAUCGUGCCGCUCCUCUACUCCUGCGACGACAACAGCGAGCAGAUCCUCGUUUUUGAGUACCUCGCUAACGGCCCGCUCUCCGUGUGGCUGCGCCCGCCGCCCGGGGACGAGCGCGCGGCGCUGACGUUCGAGCAGCGCGUGGACGCGGCGCUGGGCGUGGGCGAGGCGGUGCAGUACCUGCACUCGUUCAGCCGCCCCACCAUCAUCCACCGUGACAUCAAGUCCGAUACCAUCCUGCUCGACGACCAUCUCAAGGUCAAGCUGGGGGGUCUGGGGCUGCUGAAGCAUCUGCCGGGGGAGGGAAUGCGGCUGCGGGUGGCGCGCAAGAAGGGGUACCUGGACCCUGAGUACUUCCAGACCUUCAAAGUCACGCCCAGAUGCGACGUCUACAGCUUCGGAGUGGUGAUGCUGGAGAUGCUGACGGCCCUGCCGCCCAUAGUGCAGGGCCUGCCGCGCUCCUCCCCCACAGCCGCGGACGCCAGCUUUGCGGGGGAGGCGCCCUCCCCCACUCCGCCCAUGUCCCUGCCCCAGUGGGCCCUGCCGCUGAUCCAGGAGGACAGGGUAGAGGAGCUCGUGGAUCCCCGCAUGCCGCCAGGCUACCCCCGGGAUUCCCUCGUGGCCUUCGCACGCAUCGCAGCUGAAUGCGUGGCACCGCUGCGCAAGGACCGCCCCGACAUGCCACGUGUCACCUUCCUGUUGGCCGAGCUGAAGCGCCCGGUUGCGCUGCGGUCGGUGGCGUUUGCGCGGUUCUACACAGGCGACCAUAAGGCUGUGCCCAUCUCCCACUCCUCCUGA